ACCAACUAGAUGAUCAAAGUAAACUAUGAGCUCCGCAAAGAUAAAUACUCUAGAAGAAGCCCAAAAUGCUCCAACCGAUAGCGAUGAUGGCUAUGAGUAUGAAGAAGUGCCCAUUGAAGAUGAAUGGAGUCUGACAGAAGGAGAGGAAGACUUAGAGGCGACGGUCAAAGCGAUUCAGGAUCGGGCACAAGCUAGUGCUGCUACGUCCACAGCCUCCAACACAAGCCGACCUGAAACAGUCGACCAGUUUUUACGCAACUUUCUGCUUCAGAUGGGCAUGAAAGACACCCUGGACUGCUUUCAGACAGAGUGGAAUGAGAUGAUUCAGAGAGGACAGCUGGAUGCCGGGCGGGUCGAGGUGGUGCCGGAUGUGUACAUAGAAAACCUGCGUUUAGAGAGCGACCUGAAAAAUGCACAGCGGGAGAGGGACGAGUACAGACAGGCAUCCUCUGCUGCAGCUGACACACUAGCCAGAGUCCAGAAAACCAGAGACUUCCACCGGUUACAGCACAAACGUGUAGUCCAGGAGAAAAACAGGCUCAUCGAGGACAUGAGGAAGCUGAAGGUCCAGUGUGAUAACUACGAACCUGCAGUGAAGCGGAUCAAUGAAAAAUACCAGACAGUCCUGAAGCAGACCAUGCUUAUGACUCGGGAGAGGGACAAGGCUUUAGGCCAGGUGAGCCGUCAGUCAACUGAGGCCCCUCCUCCCUGACACGCCCCCUUCUGUGGGAAAGCAGGGCCUGAGUGAUGUGACAGGGCCGGGCAGCGGUGACAACAG